UCAAAUUUUUACCGUUUUCGGUGAACUUUUUUCCGGUGGCCAGCGAAUUUUUCGGCGUUUAGAAUUCUUUCUCCGGGACUGUGAAGGAAAAACGAGUGUCCCAUUUACCAGAUUACGGUAAGAGUUUGCAUUAAUAAAAAAUGUCAAUCAAUCGUGUUUCCGGUAAACCAUGGAAAAUGGAAAAGAAGCCCAUGAAGCGGACUGGUCUUUCCAAAGCACAACGCUCUUCUUUUGAGGAACGUAUGGAGCAAAAACGUCGCAUGGAGGAGAUUAAAGCUCGUGAACAAGCUUUAAAAGAAGAAGCUCAAGCACGGAGACAGGAGAAAGCUGAAAAAAUCCGCAGCCGUCGAAUUGCCAAGGCUGAGAAGGAACGUGUCGCCCAAUUGCGCGAAAAGUUGCACCAAAAGGUCAUUGAUCGCCGGAAGCGUCGCGAGAAGCGUAACAAGUUGCUUAAUGAUCACUAGAGCUUUGUCUUCUGUGCUCUAUCGUAUCUAAAAAACUGUAUCAGGGCUGGUUUUCUUUAUUCUUUGUCUACCGCGGCAUCUCCGGGAAUCUUCCGUAGUUAAUUAUCGGGAAAAUGAUAUGUUGGAACUG